GUUAUGAGAUUUCUGGACUAGAAAAUCUACCAAAAGAACCAGCAAUCCUUGUUUAUUACCAUGGACCCAUACCAAUAGACCACUAUUUUUUUAUCCAUAAGAUUUUAAGACUUACUGGGAAACCCUUCUAUUCUGUAAUGGAUCAUAUUGUUUUUCAUCUACCAGGAUUACAUAUGUGCCGCUUAUUCCAUUACGCUGUUCAUCCUACAAGAGAAAAGAGCGUAAACAUUCUGAAACAAGGACACCAGCUGAUGGUUUCACCAGGAGGACUGCGAGAGCAGAACUAUGGAAAUAACCGCUACAAGAUAAUAUGGUGGAACAGGAAAGGAUUUGCUCAUAUAGCUAUAGAUGCAAAAGUGCCAAUCAUCCCUGUAUUUACACAAAAUAUUAGAGAAGGAUAUGUAACAUUUGGAAAUAUAAGACCAAUGAGAUGGUUAUAUGAGCGAACCCGAUGGAUUACCUUUCCAUUAUAUGGAAUGUUUCCAGUUAAACUUAUAAGCCAUAUUGGAAAACCAAUUCCAUAUGAUCCAGAUAUAACUCCUGAAAAAUUAGCUGAAAAAACUCAAAGGGCAAUGGAGGCUUUACGGGACAAACAUCAGAAAAUCCCAGGAAGUAUAUUGCAGGCUCUUAGGCAACGCUUUGAGACACAUAACAAAGAUAAACAGUGA